CCCCUUUCACUUCUCCUCCUCCUACUUUCUCCUUUUCUUUUUUCUCCUUUCCCUCUCUCACUUGGCUUCUGUUUUAAAACAGCUCCUGAACUAUAGAUCCUUUUUUCUCUCUCUCCCUUUAUUCUUCUUGUCUUCCUCUCCACAUCAAGUCAUGUUUAUUUACUGGCUACAGUUAAACUGCUUCUUCUGAGUUUGCCUGAGACAAGAGGAGUUUCUUUCUUGGCUUUGCAGCAAGAGGAGGGGAGGGGGCAACACAGUUUCAAAGAAGUUGAAGAGGCUGCAGGAGAAAAUAAAAAGGAUCGCUGCAGAUCUGCUGUAAGAGGAACAUAUAUUUGAUACAAGGAAGAGAAGCAGAUUGAUAUAUAUUAGUUCUAGGCUGGUUACACAUGGCUUGCAACAGGUGGGGGAUUUUCCUGUGUGCUUUUGUCUGCCUUUGGUCUUCUGUAGCUAAUGUUGAAAGAGUAAGGAAGAUCACUUAUGUGGUGCACCCCGGACCUCCAGGACUUUAUCAGCAGCAGCAGCACCCAGUUGCCUUAAGCAGCCACAGUGUGGUAGUAAGCAGCAGCCAUGUGAGCAGCACCCAGGAGAGAAGCCGCAGGAUGAGUAGGGUGAGCUCUAACCCUAGUCCUAUAUUGGUGCACAAGCAGCAACAACAAAUCCAGGGACAGCACAAUUCAGCUCCUGCUAUCAGCAAACAAACCAGGCACUUUACCUUAUCCAGGACCAGCCUGCAGCAGGAAACCCCCGGGAACCCCACUAUGCAACAGGAUAGCCCCAGGAACCCCAAUAUGCAACAGACCAUCCCAAGACAACACAGCAUGCAGCAGCUGCAACACAAGUUCCAGCUCCAGGGGGUGAAUGUCUGUGGAGGGAAGUGCUGUCAUGGAUGGAGUAAAUCUACAGCAUCAGAAAGAUGCACAAAAC